UUUUGAUGCCACGCGAUGGGUGUUUUGUUGUGGAAGUAAUCCCGUAAUCAGCGUCGAAAAAUCAAAACAUAAUUAAACAACAAACAAAUCCCAUGAUAUCGAAAUAUACGAAAAUGUUGGUGUGUUUUAACAAAGUGAACUAAAUACUCCACUGAUACGAUACAGUACCUCUAAUGCAAUGUUAUGUACUUGACGAUGUUUUAUUUACAUUUAUUUUUGAUAUUUUAUACUAUAACUACUAGUCAAACAGAAGAUGUUUGUUAUAAAGACGGUACUUGCUCAAAUGAAAAUACGAGGAACAAGUAUAGCGAAGGUAAAUUGAUAACAAUUCUACAAACGUGGAGUCGAUGGACGCAAACAUAGAAAUGAGCACAAUCACAACCAGAACUGCAGACAAAUAUCUGUGACCAAUUGUCAUAAUAUUUGCACUGGGAAAUGUUUUUUGAUGCUGUCAAUGGAUGGGAGUCGAAACUUCGCAAAGAGAUUCAGAUAGCUGUAGACAGUUAUAUACCAUGUGAGAGCUCUAAAUGCAGCUGCCAUAAGAAAGUUAUCGAACAAGAUUUGGCACCUUUUAAAGAAGGAAUAACUAGAGAUCAGUUUUCUAUCGCUUUAGCAAAGGGUACUAAGUAUCAGAUAAUAGAUGGCAAAGUGUUUCGAGAGAAAGACUGCCAUUUCCCAGCCAGAUGCGCAGGUGUGGAACACUAUCUAAAAGAGUUGUCAUUCAAGUUGCCCAACUUGGAACUGGCACUGAAUACUAGAGACUGGCCACAAUUGAACAAAGCUUGGGGACAUCAGAAAGCACCUGUGUUUUCUUUUAGUAAGACAAAAGACUACUAUGAUAUAAUGUACCCCGCAUGGAGUUUCUGGGAAGGAGGUCCUGCGAUAUCCCUGUAUCCCACUGGUAUUGGGCGCUGGGAUAAACACAGAAAAUCAAUAUCUUCUGCUGCUGAAAAGUGGCCAUGGGAUGAAAAGGAAAGUAAAGCUUUCUUCAGAGGGUCCAGGACAAGUGAAGAGAGAGAUCCAUUGGUGCUGCUCUCACGUGAACAACCUGAUUUGGUUGAUGCACAGUAUACCAAAAACCAAGCUUGGAAAUCAGAUGCGGACACAUUAUAUGCCCCACCGGCUUCUGAAGUAUCAUUUGAAGGUCACUGUAAAUAUAAAUAUCUGUUCAACUACCGGGGAGUUGCAGCGAGUUUCCGUUUUAAACAUUUAUUCCUCUGCAAGUCCCUAGUAUUCCAUGUAGGCGACACUUGGUUAGAAUUCUUUUAUCCAUCGUUGAAGCCGUGGGUUCAUUACAUACCCGUAAGACCUACUGCAAGUCAAGAUGAAAUAAGAAAGUAUAUUGAAUUUUUCAAAGAUAAUGAUUCAUUAGCAAAGGAAAUUGCAGACCGAGGUUUUCAACAUAUUUGGGACCAUUUGUCAGACAAAGAUGUCAAAUGCUAUUGGAGACGGUUGCUGAAAAAAUAUGCCAACCUUCUGAAAUAUGAUGUUGUUUUAGAUAAGGAUCUAAUUAAGGUUUAAGCUUAAAAUAUUUUUUGUAACAUUAUACAAUCAGAAUAUUUUUGAAAUAAAAUCAGUUAUUG